CAAUGAUGCUCAUCAGGGAAACACAAAGACUUCAGACCCUCCUCCUCUCCCCACAGAGCUCUGAGGGAUCUUCCAGUGAUGGUGAUGCUAUUUUCUGGAGAUGUGAUUGGGGAGUAGGCGGUGAUGCCAUGCCUGCUGAUCUGUUAAAUUCACAGCAUAAGUUCCGAUGGAGAUUUAGUCUGGUAAGAUGCGAACCACCUUCGAAGCUCAGAAACGCAGAGUUCACCUUGAAGUUACCUGCAUAUGACUAAGUCCUGCUUCAUAGUUCAGGCCACAGCUCUGAUUGAACUGAGGAGACCAGCUGCUGCAGGUUGAAACCGGAUGUUUUUGUGGCUUUUGGGUUCUGUGAAGCUCCAGAUGUUUCAGUGGGUGAUUCAGGUCAGGAAUGGAGCUCAGUGAGGUUCCCUGAGACAGAUGGCGCAGAGCAGAUAUUGCUCUUCAGCAUUAAUGAGGCCUUCACAGGGGUCACAGCUACCCCCACCCCUCAUCCACACCAUAAGGGACAAUCAAGCUGAUGGUCAUUAGUAUAGUUUUCCACCCUGAGUUCUGCCUCACAGGCAGCUCCUCCUAUCAGGCAGAGUAACGCCUCCUUCACUAUGUUUGGAUGGUUGUGGCCUCUUCCUCUGAUUGGUGCAGUGGAUUGGGGGCGGUGCCCACCCUGUGAGUCAGUGCGUGGGGAGCUAAAGGCUGUUGUGCAUUGAGGGAGGAUGAGGAGGAUUAGUGCAGAUUACAGAGUAGUUUAUAACAGCAGAGAAGAAGAAGAGAGAGGCACACCCAGACCAACUGAGCCCACUGGUCUGACUAGGCCUGUCCUGAUGCAGUGAACUGGGACCAGUCUGUCUGAUCGUCUGAGACUAACUGGACUUGGCUGUGUUCUGGAGGGUUGUGGUGGUGUGCAGUGGUCUGAGCUGGUCUGAGGAACAGGAAGUGGAUGGACGGUUUCCAGGCAUACGGGGCGGGGAAGGCCGGCGGAGCGUUCGACCCUGCGACCUUCAUCAGGCAGCCGCAGACCGUCGUGAGGAUCCUGUGCUGGCUCUUCUCCAUCGUCAUCCUCGGUUGCGUUGCUAACGAGGGCUAUGUCAACAGGCCAGAGGAGGUGGAGCCGUAUUGCAUCUUCAACCGCAACCAGGAUGCCUGCAACUAUGGCAUCACCAUGGGAACACUGGGGUUCCUAUGCAGCGCUGCUUUCCUGGCACUGGAUGUUUACUUCCCCCAGAUCAGCGGCGUGAAGGACAGGAAGAAGGCCGUCAUGGCUGACAUUGUGGUGUCAGCUCUAUGGGCCUUCAUCUGGUUUGUGGGCUUCUGUUUUCUGGCCAAUCAGUGGCAGGUCUCUAAAAAAGAGGACAAUCCUUUGAACGAAGGAUUCGACGCAGCCAGAGCCACCAUUGUUUUCUCCUUCUUCUCCAUCUUCACUUGGGGAGGUCUCACUCUGCUGUCUCUGGAGCGUCUGAAGAGAGUCUCCUUUGAGGAAGAAUACAACAAACUGUUCAGCCCUCCUCUUGCCUGAAACUCAAACCUUACUUCACUUGUCUCUUUUAGCCAAUCAGGGACGAGCCUUCAUGUGCUUCCUGUUUCCUCCUCAUAGCUCAGUCUGGACUCUGAUCCUAAGUGCCUUACUGUUGCUGCGGUAACAGAGUGAUUCAUGAACUGUGUCGUGUGUUUUCUUUUUGCAGUGAUGCUGUUGUGUGUGAUGUGAUAUCACCAUGUACUUUGGUGUAUGAAGAUGUAACAAAGUCACAUUAAGAUUAAACAUAAUAAAGUAGAAGCAAGGUCCAUGGAGAGAUAAUGGACUGCUCCCUGCUGCUGGCUGUCA